UACGAUCGUUGUUCUCGUGAUCACGGGCGAGGUUGCGGUGGGCGUUCUGGGCGUGAUGUACCAGCUGCGGGCGGUGAACAGCCUCGGCGAGUCUCUCACGGCGCGACUCAAGGCGCUGUACGGCACGCCGGGACACGAGACCUUCACGCUCGCCGUUGACUACGUGCAGUACCAGCUGCAAUGCUGCGGCGUGUCGGGACCAGCGGACUGGGUGGAAUCCAGGUGGCUGGCGGAGCGCGCGGGUGGCCCGGGGCGCGUCGUGCCACUCACGUGCUGCACGCUACACCCUGACGCCCACGCCCACAUCAACCCGAAGCCUAUCAACGUCACAUUGUGCCAGAGCGAGGAGGAACUCUCCAACCGCGUCGCGCGCUUCCAGCAGGGCUGUGUGGGCCGUGUGGUGGGCUGGGUCCAGGCCCAGAGCGGCCUCAUCACGGGCGUCGGUGUGGGCGUGGGAGUGUUGGAGGUGGCGGGCUUGGUGGCGGCCGCCUCGCUCUGCCGCGCCAUCCGCUCCUCGACGGACUAGCGCCACGCCCCCACGCCUACACUCACC